ACUGAAAUAGAGGACAUGCGCACUAACAUAUGUACAUGUACAUACAGCGUUAGAAGUCAAUAUCUGGAACCCCAAAUCCAUAUAGUGUGUAGAUAAGGCAGCCAUCGUCGACCACACAAGUACCUGUAACGUAGACUAGAAUGAUUAGAAUAAUCACCUGUCUCUUGAUUGCAACGUUACAAUGUUGCCACGCUCUUCAUACAGUGAUGUCCAAUGUCAACGACUGGGGGAAUGGAAGGUUUGAGGGUCACGUGACUUUCCCGGUACAUGGUGAGGACAUCGGAGGCUGGGAGUGUAUCAUCACGUUCUCAGAACCCGUCACCGGACUAUCGGAAUGGAUGGGGGACAUCAUCAAACACUCAACUGACAACAGAGUCUACGUCCUGGUGAAUAAACCCCACACAGGAAUACAGAAAGACGGACAAACCCUGGACAUCACCAUCCAGGCGAGCUACACGGGCAGUAAGGCCCCAACGGCCACUGCUGAGCUGGUCAAUCUAGCCCACGACGGAAUGACUCCCCCGACAUCUGCUGUAGAUGAUGGGACCAAGUACAAUUAUGAUGAGGUCUUGAUGAAGUCCAUCUUGUUUUACGAGGCUCAGAGAUCAGGAAAACUACCAGACGAAAACAGAAUCCCUUGGAGAGGAGACUCCUCCCUGCUGGACGCUGGAGACAACGGCGAGGAUCUCACAGGAGGCUGGUAUGACGCGGGUGACAACAUUAAGUUCGGUUUCCCUAUGGCGGCCUCCACGACCCUGCUGACUUGGGGUCUGCUGCGUUACAAGGACGCCUACCAGCACAGCGGCCAGUUAGAACACAUGUACUCCUGUAUCCGUUGGCCGCUAGAAUGGAUGCUGAAAUGUCACACCGCACCUAACGAGCUAUACGUACAGGUGGGAAGUGGUCAAUCGCACUCUUUGUGGGACCGACCUGAAGGCAUUACAACAAAACAGCAGGCAUAUAAAGUUGAUGAUACUCACCCAGGAAGCGACGUAGCUGGGGAGUAUGCAGCAGCAAUGGCCGCGGGAUAUCUAGCUUUUAAAGAUAAAGAUCCUGCAUUCGCGACCAAAUUGCUGGAACAUGCCAAACAAAUAAAUGACUUUGCAGUAGCCUACAAGGGCAAAUACUCCGACAGUGUGACCGCCGCAGCUGAAUUCUACAGGUCGGUGGAUUAUAACGAUGAGUUAACCUGGGCGGGCGCCUGGCUAUACAAAGCCACCAAUGAAACCAAGUACCUGACCCAAGCUGAAACAUACUACGUCACCGGUGCAUCAUGGGGGCAAUCUUGGGACGACAAGACAGCAGGAUGUCAGGUUUUGUUGUACGAGGAGACUGGAAAAGACAAGUAUAAACAAGAUAUAGAAGCCACAUUCCAGGAUUGGAUGCCUGGAGGCAGUGUGCCAUACAGCCCAAAAGGACUGGCCUUCAGAAGCCAGUGGGGUUCACUAAGAUACGCAUCAAACAUGGCUUUCAUGGCCCUGUUGGCCGCCGACGAUGGUCUCCACUCUACCAGUUAUCGUACUUGGGCCAAGAGUCAGAUCAAUUACGCACUUGGGGAUGCUGGGAGAAGUUUUGUUUGUGGAUUUGGUGUUAACCCGCCAGUACAACCACACCAUAGAGGGGCUUCUUGCCCUACUCUGCCUGCUCCGUGCAGCUGGGCUGACCAGACUAAGCAUGCACCAAAUCCGCACGUGCUGUACGGCGCGUUGGUAGGCGGACCGGACGGACACGAUUCCUACCGUGACAGUCGUCUGGACUUCCAGAGCAAUGAAGUGGCGUGUGACUACAACGCUGGCUUUCAGUCGGCCGUGGCAGGUUUGGAGUCUUUGUUUUUACGUGGCAUGUUGAGUUAAUGUAUAAUCUGAAUAAAACAUCAAACAAUCAAA